AUGAACACUCCACUCCGCUGGUUCCGUCCAGUCCUCCCGAGCAUGAACACUCCACUCCGCUGGUUCCGUCCAGCCCUCCCUCCGAGCAUGACACUCUCCGCCCCGCUGGUUCCGUCCAGCCCUCCUGAAUAUGCAGAGUAUGAAAGGGCAAGAAAUGCCCACACUGAUGCUACACAGCCUGCAAUUUCCCAGUUCCUCCAGUCUCGUCCUCAGGAAGCCUAUUCAGCUAAUCAUCCAAGACAGAAGGCCAUAACAAAUGCCAUUCUAAGAGACCUGGUGAUAGAAUGUAGCAUGCCUCUUUCAAUCACUGAGAAUGGACAUUUCCGACACUUCAUGUCUGUGGCUGACUCCAAGUACCAGCCUGCCUGUCGUAGGACAAUGACUUUAAAGAUCGAAUCCCUUGUUGCAGAGACUAAAGAGAAAAUAAAAGUGCUUCUUGCUAGUGCAGACCAUGUAUCAGUUACAGUGGAUAUUUGGUCAGACAGGAGAAUGCGUGGCUUCUUGGGAGUCACUGGCCAUGUUUUGGCAACAUCUGAGGGAGUUCAGCUGAAAUCAUACUUGCUUGCCUGCAACAGAUUCAAAGGAUCUCACACAGGAGAACGGAUAUCAGAAGCCUUUGAUUCCAUAUGUGAUGAAUAUGACAUCAGACAAAAACUUGACUUUGUUAUAUGUGACAAUGCUGCCAAUAUGAAGCGAGCAUUUACAGUGUGUUUUCCAAAAGAGCAAGAUGGUGAAGUAACUGAUGAUGACAUUCUGGAUGAUGCAGAGUUGUGGGAAGACCUCUCAAGAGGUGAAUGGGAGACUGUGGACCACAUGAUCAACAGAAGAAUACCUAAACGUCAGCAAUGCUUUGCCCAUACGCUGCAGUUAACUGUUGGUGAUGGUCUCAAGGAUGCACGGAUCAUGAACAGUACCUUUGCAAAAUGCUCCAAACUGAGCUCUCUCCUGCAUACAUCCAGCACCUUUAAAGAUGCAUUUGAAGCAAAGUUUGGGCAGCGAGGGAUACCCGCUACUGUGAACACACAGUGGAAUUCAACUCUCCGCCAAGUUAAGGCAGUGCUCUCAUUCACUCAUCAGGAACUGUGCAGUGUUGUUCAGGACACAGGUCACAGUGAGCUGGUCUUCUCAAUUAGGGAGUGGAAUCAGAUGAAGGAGCUUUGUGAUGUGCUACAGCCAUUUGCUGAGGCCACCGAUCUUACGCAGGGAGAGAAGAUUGUGACGGUCAGCUCUGUCCUCCCCUGUGUAUUGUCACUAAACCACCAUUUGGAAAAACUCAAACAACAAGUGCGCUUCCUGGGAAGCAUGAUCCACAGCCUGCAAUGCUCUCUCAAGAAAAGAUUCCGGGGGAUCUUUGUUAAUCUGAAAAUGCUAUCAGCAGCAUCAGGAGAAGAGCUGCCAUUUGCUGACCCACUCUACAUUAGAUCAGCUGUCCUGGACCCAGCUUUCUCCAUGAUGUGGCUUCAGCAUGAUGUGCUUGUCACUGAUGACAUAAAGAAUGACAUUGUUGACAUGGUGAAAGAUCUGAUUCUACGUGAGGUGGGACCUGACGCAACAUCCCAGAGUCCUGGAUUCCAAGAGGUUGAAAGUGAAAACCAGGAGGAAGAGAGCACUGGCUUAUUCUCAGAGUACAGAAAACGCCGCAAGCAGGACACAACCACCAACCCAGAGACACAACUAAAUAACUAUUUUGGUCUUUGUUGUGGACAGGCUUGUCUGUCCUUCUGGGAUGCAAACAGGGGUAUCCUCCCUGCACUUUUUCCUGUUGCAAUGAGAGCUUUGUCAGUGCCGGCUUCCAGUGCCCCAGUUGAAAGGGUCUUCAGUCAUGGUGGGAUCAUCAUGAGGCCACAUCGUGCUCGGCUUGCAGACAAGACCCUCUCAAAUCUUAUUUUUUGCAAGUGCAAUACCUUGUAA